AUGUCACCGUAUCGAUCAGCAGACCGAGAUUUGACAGGGCCUGCCGCAUCUCCAAAUUUUGCUUCGGAAAGAAACCUAUACAAGCCCCGUCCAGUGGUGCUCGAUUCAUGCACACAGAUUUUCUCUGCUAUUGUGGUUACACAGCAUUUCUGCCUUGAGCAGCUUGAAAUGAAUACCCUCAACUGUUGGAAUGAUUGGCAAUUCAAGGUAUUCGCAGCCCAAAGACUCGGAAGUGACUUUCUACAAGACAAAAUUGUUCCAUGCAUAUAUUAUGCUACACUUGCACUUCGCUUCAACGGCCAAGAGUAA